UUGGCAGACCUGUCAGAAUUUGCGUGUGUAUUGCGUAUUUUAAAGUGGAACUAAAAAGUGGAUGUAAUUAUAUACACUGGUAGUUUCCGCCGUGUCGUGGUAACCAACUUGGAUUGACUUUUCAGGGACAAUAGUGUCACAGCCAUCCCAGGAAAUGGAAAAAAAAAUAUCUUCGUCGUCGCAGCCGCGUAUUUUAAAAAAAAAACACUUUAGAGUGAAGCAUCAGAAGGUAAAGCUAUUUCGAGCUAACGAACCCAUACUGAGCGUAUUUAUGUGGGGAAUAAACCAUACCAUCAAUGAGCUAAGUCACGUGAUGGUUCCAGUGAUGCUUCUGCCGGAUGACUUUCGUGCUUACUCGAAAAUCAAAGUCGACAACCAUUUAUUUAACAAAGAAAACAUGCCUUCGCAUUUCAAAGUCAAAGAGUAUUGCCCAUUGGUCUUUCGCAAUUUACGGGAACGUUUUGGUGUCGACGAUGUAGACUUUCGCGAGUCCUUGACUCGAUCGCAACCGAUUCGAAUCGACUCUUCGGGUAAGUCUGGAGCGCAGUUCUACCAGAGCUACGACAAAUUCUUCAUAAUCAAGAGUUUGACAUCUGAAGAAAUCGAGCGUAUGCAUGCAUUUUUAAAGCAUUACCAUCCAUACGUCGUUGAGCGGCAUGGAAAAACUCUUUUGCCACAGUACCUAGGAAUGUAUCGGGUAACAGUCGAGAGCGUGCAAUAUUACUUUGUGGUCAUGAGAAACGUUUUCAGUUCCCAUUUAACUAUUCACAAGAAGUUCGAUUUAAAAGGCAGCACUGUGGAUCGAGAGGCAUCUGAGAAAGAACUUGAAAAACAUUUACCUACGUUCAAGGACAAUGAUUUUAUAAAACAAAAAGUAAAGUUGGAGAUUGGAGACGAGGCAAAAAAGAAGCUAAUGGAUACCCUGAACAAUGAUGUUGAUCUUCUGACUAAACUGCAUAUAAUGGAUUAUUCCCUAUUGGUUGGGAUACACGACUGUGUGCGGGCAGAAGAGGAAGCAUUACAAGGCGAUAGUGCACAGGCUACAGGACGCAGCGAGAAUAGCGAAAGUGAGGAGUGUGAUAGUGGCGAACGUUGGACUUAUAACACACCCCCCGACUCACCAAGAGGUGCUCAAUAUAAAGAAGUCGUGUAUGAAGCUGACAUAUACUCCAUUCCAAGUGUUGAAGAGAAACGAGAGAUCUAUUUCAUAGCAAUAAUAGAUGUCCUGACUCAAUAUGGGGUCAAAAAGCAGGCGGCUAAAGCAGCAAAGACGGUGAAAUAUGGAAGUAAUGUGGACGGAAUAUCGACAUGUGAUCCCGAACAAUAUGCCAAAAGAUUCCUGGAAUUUAUGGAUAAAGCUAUAGAAUAAGAUACGAAAUUGUAUUUGCCACAUUAAAAUUGUUAAAUGUA